CCGUCUCUUGCUUUCUAGCAAUAGUCGGGCACACUCCUUUCUGCCUAUUCAAAUUUCAAAAAAGUAACUGAACAUUACCACUUUUUCUAGAACCGGUUCCAUUUCGUGUUUUAAAAUUAUUGUUUAAAAAAUUGGAUGAAUCAUGGCAGCAUGUAAUUAAUAAAGAUACUGUGCGUUGUAUUUUUUGCUUAGUUACUCGCCUACAAAAAUCCUAUUUCUUUUGUUUCUCUAUUUCAGAAACCCCCAUUACCAACUCCAUCGAUUCGUUAUACCGAUGAAACAAUCGAUAUCAUGUUAGACUGGAGUAUAGUCGUAUCAACAACAAGUGCUGAAGAUGCCGUUGCGUUGUGGAUCAGUUUAUAUGACAUAUUCGAGAUUAAAUUCGGUCAACAUAGUGUACCAACACGUCUAUUGUUUUCUAUGAUUUUCAAUGAUAAAACCGAAGCAUCGAAAGCAACAAGAAAGAUUCUGAAUGAUUGGGAAAUAAAAAUUGAUUUGAAUGUACCGACAGUAUCCACGAUAUUAAAAGAAGAAGAUAAUACCCCACCGUCGACAAUCACCGAGAGUAUACAAAAGUCAGAAGAGGAUGAUUCAGCUGUGCUGCUGCCUGGUACAACAAAUAACGUCAAAGAUCAACUACCACCACCUCCUCCUCUUCAAGUUGAAAAUUCGAAAAGAAAAUCAUCUGAGAUAGACGAAAACGAUGUUGAAAAUAACCACGUUGAAGAUAAUCAGCCAAAAAACAAAUCAACGGUAACAAAAAAGCUUCGCACCAAUACAUCAAACGAAACAGCUCGGGAGAAAACCAAAGCUAUUUCAAGUCCUCAACCACAGCGGGCUACACGUCGAGGAACAAGACAAUUUUUAUGA